UUUUUAAUUAAAAAAAAUGUAUUCUAGAAAGUUAUUAUGUUAUUUUGCUAUUGGUCUAAUAAUUAUGGGAAUCUUUAUGGAUGAUGUCGAAGCGAGACGUAAAAUUUUGAAAGGUCGAAAAACAAUUACAAGACGUUAUUAUUGGGGAACCGUAAUACCAGCAUGGUCUAUUGUACUUUUGAUAGGAAUCAGUAUGUUACUUGUCGGUGGUGGACUUUAUGUAUUAUUACAAAAAUUUGUAGUUGAUAAUGCUGAGACUGGAGAAAGUCGUUCAUAUCAACCUGCAUUACAAAAUGAAGCUUGACUUAUUAAAUGCAUUAAUUAUUAAUGCUUAUUAUAUCAUUCUUAUACUUCAACAUAGAUCAAAUAUUAAAAUGUUAAAAUAUUUUUACAGAAAAAAUUUUAUA